AAUGAGGUUUUUCCACAAGUGGCACUUAUUCUGUCUGUUUGUACCACCCGGUUAGCAAAGUCCCAUGUUUUAAAAGCGCAUUUAGCUAGAGGACAACCGCAUUUCAUUUACCGACUCCUCGCGGCUACACAAGUCAAGCUCCCCGACACAUCUUGAGUCUUGAGUCCUCUUAUCUCGCUUGUUAAGGGCCCGGGGUCUUGACUGGCCAUGGCUGCUAAAACACUAUUGCUGGUAGCGACAAUCGCAGGCUCGUUGACUUUGCACAUCCAUGCAAGAAGCAAGGGCACCCAGCUUCAUCACCAUAUGACGGAAGCAGAACUAAGAAAAUUUUUCAGUGUCGAUUCGAGAAAUAAAGUGCCCGCUUACGAUAUCGUCCAUCCAUUCCUUUCCGAUGAAUCCGGUAACUUCCUUAGCUACAACCUCCGUCCUCACGAGAAAUCUAGGCAGCGGAGAAGUACUGGGCCCGAAGAACCCGACUUUCAUUAUUUCAAGGUUCGAGCAAUGGGGAAAAACCUUCACCUGAAAGUCGCCAAGAGUGACGGCCUCUUGUCCGAGCGAGCACGUGUACACACCGUGCACAAGGAUGGAAGCAAGACCAGCAGCGAUGUACCGAGAGAGGCUGAGUACUACAGUGGUCACGUGACCUCGCACCCAGACUCCAUGGUGGCGCUGAGGAGCGAUGGCGGACUGGCUGGAUUGAUAAGCACACCAGACGACACGUUAUUUAUUCAACCCUUACCUAGCCAUCUUGCAAGGCACUAUGUGCAGAAAGGCCGGGCUCAACCACACGUGGUACACCAAAGAUCGGUCCAUGAUGUCAUGGAAGAGUUUGUCACUGGAGAAACAGUUUCACGCCUGCGUCGAAGUAUAGACGCACCGCUGACCAAACGCACUGGUUACAAGUAUUUGGAAACUCAUAUGAUUGCUGACAAUUUCAUAACUUCCAAAUAUGGCAAUGAGACGACGAAUGUUUUGCUGAUGAUUGCACACGUGACGCGUCAAGUCUUUCUGGGAGGCAGCGCGGGAGAUAUCAAGAUCCACUUAGUGGUGGUCGGGAUAACACUCAACACAGGAGGGCUGGGCUACACUUCCUCUGCUUCUAAGGGAGAUCGGAUAGCUGCGCUCGGGACAUGGAUGGGAACUAACAUUCCUAGUGAGGACAGCAAUUCGGCGCAUGCGGAUGUCGUGGUGCUAGUGACAAAUACAGUUGGAGGUUUAGCAGAAGCCGGCUCUGUGUGUAGCAGCACAGGAAGAGUGCUUGUAGGAGAUACAGGCAUCCAAACAGCAAGUGCCAUGGCGCAUGAGAUUGCUCACGCACUUAACGUCGGUCACGAUGCCGAUACCUCCCGUUCCGAUUGUCUGGACGGACAGUUUCUCAUGUCUGGCACGCUUGGUAGCGGAGUUAAAGCCUUGAGGUUUUCACCAUGCAGCCGUGAAAAACUACAAGAAGUACUCAGUGGAGAUUUGUGUACCGAGCUCGAUGAUGCGCCUGGAAAUAUCGUCCACUACCCUUCUUCCUGGCACGACAAACUUCCUGGACAGAUCUACGACCGGAACAAGCAAUGCCAGAUGCAGUAUGGUAGCGCCUACACGGAGUGCGCACAGAAAAAAAGCUCCUGUGACUCACUAUUCUGCUCCAGUGAUGGGUCCACUUGCCCUUCUACAGUCCUCGCACCCCUUGACGGGACCAGCUGUGGAGAUCGACAGUGGUGCAUUGCGGGCGAAUGUGUCGAUGAUGGACUAUCAGGGCCUAUCAAUGGCGGCUGGUCCAACUGGUCAGCGGACUACUCUACGUGUUCCUACACAUGUGGCGGUGGCGUGCAGUGGAAAACACGGACUUGCACUAAUCCCAAACCCUCAAGAGGCGGCGCAGACUGUGUUGGUUCAAGUAAAGGAGAAUACAGAAUUUGCAAUCCUGAGGCGUGUCCUAGCGGAACAGACACACAGAGGCAACAUCAAUGCAAGUCGGUGAACUCAGCAUACUCUGCGCACUACGAGAACGACGAUCUUUGUCAUCUAUAUUGCGUCGCCGGAUCAGUGCGUUACGAUCAUGGAAUAGCACAGGAUGGUUCUCGCUGCAAAGCAGACACAAAUAUCAAAGACGUUUGUAUUCAAGGAAAGUGCAAGCCUGUCGGAUGUGAUGGCGUCCUUGGGUCCGGGCAGCACGUUGACCGCUGUGGCGUGUGUAAUGGAGAUAGUUCCACGUGUUCGGUCGUCACUGGCUCAUACACACAAUCGUGUACAAGCUGGGGGCCCUUUCCCGGUUGUCACAUGUUUGAUCUUCCCGCUGGGGCUACAAAGGUGCGCGUGGCAAAGAGCAACGUGGACGCAAACGUCUUAGGAAUUAAAGACUCUGCUGGUACCUACCUCAUAAAUCUUCCUACAUGGAGUACUACCGUCCAAGCAGCUGGUACGAAGGUCAUCUACAGACACGAGGACCACUACUAUCAAGAUACUAUAGAUAUUCCUGGACCGACAAACGCUCAACUAGGACUAUUCAUGGUGAGUGUAACUGGUUCAAGCCAGCCGGUCAAUUGGAAGUACUUCAUUGCGGGAAAGACGAGUGUCAGUAGCAGCGAUGUUCAGUGGAAGAUUGGCAGCUGGAGCGCAUGCUCGAAUGCCUGUGGACCAGGCUCCCAAGAGCGUGACGUGGCGUGCUUGCGCAUAGAUGACGGCACAUACGUCAGAGACAGCGUCUGCGCAGGUGCGAAGCCCGUUACAACGCAAGACUGUGAGACCGCCACGUGUACUGCCAGCUGGUACACGACGGAAUGGAGCCCAUGCUCUGCUACCUGUGGUAAAGGUACUCAGUCCCGCUCGGUCAUCUGCCGCCGUGAGACGUUCACUGGGUCUAUGCAGUACAAGACACUUUCCGAUUCCAACUGUGCCGAAAAUAAACCAACCGUCACCUUGAGCCAGGAGUGUAACAAGGUCAACUGUCCAGCUGAAUGGGUGCCGUCAGCUUGGUCAGCGUGCACGACGACCUGUGCGGGGGGUCAACAGACAAGGACCGUAUCCUGUAAGCAGAAGGACCUGAACGGUGUGUACCAGUCCCUCGCAGAUUUCCAUUGUCAUCAUGACACCAAGCCAUCAGUGCAACAAGUCUGUAACAGCGACAUCCAGUGCUUCCACUUUCUUGGAUGUUUCACUAGCAGUAGUUCUGAACGUCCUCUACCUACGUCGGUCGCAAAUUUCCGAGAUGAAAUUAACUGGAAUGAUAUGAGCGCAACCAUUGCAAAAUGCCAAGCAGCGGUAACGGCUGAACAUCCCACUUGGACCCACUUCGGAAUCGAGUAUUACGGCGAGUGCUGGUCAGGCGACUCGUCAAGUAAUUAUUCAAUGCACGGCCAGGUCGAGUGCACUUCCCAGAAUUCGUACCAAGGGACGGGAGCUGGAGGCGUGCUUGCUGUUUAUCAGAUAAACAGUUCCUCUUAAGAUUGCGAUCAUGAAGAGCAUAAACAAGCCACUGGUUGGAACAUCAAUAAAUAAAAUAUUCAUAAGAUUUGUUGUAAGCAAUUUGAGUACAAUUUUACAGAGUUAAACGAUAGCAAUUAAUAUAGAUCAAUAAAAGGGUGUCGUUGAAA